AAACAAUUGUCAUUCAUUCACGAAACUUAUAAAUUCAAAGUCGAAUUCAAACGAAUCAGAAACGGCGAAGCUUUAGACACCCUUACUUUGCUUUCUUUAUUCGAAAGCCAACAUGCCUCUAUCAACAAUCCACUCGGCGCCAACUUUGGACUCAUUCACACCUUUAGUAGAACAUCAAACACAAACACCAAGCACAUUCUACGAUGCUAGGCCUGUGUUGCAUUAUCAUGCCAAAGGUGCGCGCGCAGUUGCCUAUGGAGACUAUAUAAAAGAAUUGCCAUUUUUUGCAGAGGGACCAGCACAGAAUUCAGAGGCAGCUGUUGUAGAGACAGUUGACGCCUAUAUUUCUACUGAGAAUGUCACUAUAUUCAAUAAAACUACCUCAGCUGGACUCGCAGUUCCCUAUACCUCUAUAUCCUUACAUGCCAUACAACGUCUGCCUGAUCCUACAGAUGCAUUGAAAGGAGAGGUGACUGGGUUGUUCAUGCAAUUAGAGACUCCUCCUUCAGCUGGAGAUGAUAUGCCAUCAAUUAUCGAGCUGGUCCUCAUUCCCGCCGAACCAGAUGCUACACAAACAUUAUACGAAGCGUUAACGAAUUGCUCGAAUCUUGUACCAGACGAAGAAGACGAAGAUAUGGAAGCUGGAGGUCCUGAAUUUCAAUUCGAAGGUAAUAUUGGAUAUGAAGGUAUUACCGGACUUCCAGGAGUACAGCAAGGAGCUACAGAUGGUGGAUUACCGCCUCCAUUCCCAGGUAGUGGCGGCUGGAUUACUGCGGAGAAUGUUUCGGAAUAUUUUGACGCAGAUGGAAAUUGGAUUGGAGGUGAAGAAUCUGUUGAAGUACUUGGUGAAGGCGCUGGAAGGGUCAGGGGACAUGAUGAGGUCCACGGAGAGGCUGAAACAAAUGGUCACGAUGAGGGUGAUGACGCUAGCAAACGUCCAAGGACCGAUUGAGAAGACAAUACUCUGGAUCUUUGCAGUUGCGAAACGUGGUUCCAAGCUGACCGAGCCUAUUAUAUCACAGAUUCACACGCCUCGAAAUCCCGCAACCGAAACCAAACCUCUUGGAGAGACACCCUGGACAUUUUCGCUGAGCCAUUAAGGCUCAUGGUCGGAGAAGAGCUAUGCAAAUAAAUACCCAUUUCGCUACUUGGAAGCUUCCUCCAGGUAACCAAAGGGGAAAAAUGCGACGCGAUAUUCAAUAUAAAACAAUAAAGCGCACAGAAAUGUAUAUGUGUCUUCCAUGUGAUAGGUAACAAGCGGGGUGGUAAUGACAUCUCUACAUUUUAAUAACGUUUGUAUCUUUGAUUCUUGGUAAACUUUAUCUAUCAACAAUAUUACCGAUUCUUUUCUCUUUACAAUCAUUGUCCGCUAAUUAUCAUUCUUCUUUGUGUUGUUUCGAGCUAUUUCGCGCUCAGCGUCUGACGUUCAAAUGACUUGCGCUUCUUAUAUUUAUUCCUUCUCAAUUUAAUUUAUGAACCUCGAUGCAGGUUACUAUAUGAGUAAUUAGUCAGGCACUAAUCUCUAUCUCUUUAUCUUUCGAUCAUUUCGUAGAUUUUAUUUUUCAUCUUUGACCUUAACACAAGCUUAAU